AUGAAAACUUUUCUAGGGGUUCAAGCACUUAAUAACUUGCCUACAAAAGUGAAGUAUGAUAUUUUCGAUAAGGAAGUUGGGAAUUGUAAUGGUUCUUAUAUUGAAAACAAUGCAAAGAAUCUUUUAGGGACUAAGGGAGUGCUUGCAAAUGUUUCUAAAAAAAUAUAUAAUGCCUUAUGUUAUUCAUAUAAUCAAUAUAACAUAGAGGAAUUUAAUAAUACAGAUUGUGAUUAUCUGUACUUUUGGUUAUUUGAUAUGUUAGACAAAAAUCUAAUAGAUGAAAAUUCCUUUUACAAUGCUAUGUUAACACUUAAAUUUAUACUAGAGAAUGCAAAUCUGAGUACAUGUAAUUUUAAUAAAUAUAGCAAUGAUCGAAAAAAAAAUAGGGAUAUUAAGCAUUUAUUUGAUUUUUCGAAGGAUUUUUUUAAGAUAGAAGAAUAUGUUCGUACACCUAAUAAUCCUUGUAAUGAUUCUUUUAAUCUACUUCUUGGUGAAUAUGUCAUGAAAUAUACUCAGUGCAAAAACAUGUGCAGUGAAUCAUAUGAUACGGAUGAGAGUUGUAGAGCUUUUAAAGAAUAUUUUAAGGGUAAGGACAAUUUAAACUUAACUCAAUGGAAAUGCAAUGUGGUAAGUAAUGUUACAUAUCCUGCAACAUCUCAACUUGUACGAUUGGGUCAACCUAGUAUACAAGAAAAAUUAUUAAUAACAGAACCAUAUUCACUUGAGCAGAAUAGAAUAUAUACAGGAGGAGAACAGACAAGUGAAGAAAUAGAUGGAGAAAUAGGAGGUACAGAAGAAGAAGGUGCAGAAAUAAAAGCUCCAGAUACAGAAGAUGCAGAAAUAAAUGGUCAAGAUACGGAAGAUACAGAAAAAGGAGUUUCUGAAAAAGCAGGCGCAGAAGUACCACAUGUUGUAAAAGAAUAUGAAGAAAUAACGGCUUAUACUUUAGAUGUACAACAGUUAAUGAACGAAAAUUCAGAAGAAUCCCCUUCCGGUAUUAGAGAUACAGAAUCGAGUGCCCGUAUUUAUUUUUCAGAUGAUGCCUUAGUCCAUUCACCUUCAAAUAGUGUGGUUACUGCCCCUUUAGUUAUAGGAAUUACAGUUUUUUUUAUUAUACUGUGCAAAUUUACACCAACUGGGUAUUGGUUAAAAAAAGUUUUAGUAGGAAAAUAUAAAAGGAAACGCAAUAUUAUAAUGAAUAGGAAUAAAACAAAAGAUUAUUCAAUCCUUGAAAAUUUAGAUUCACCAAGAAGUUUUAAUGUAAGUUACAGUAAUAUAUAA